CUAUCCUUUUGGGACCUACAAUGUCCAUAUCAUCUUUGUUUGUGUAGCUUUUUGGGUGCGAUCCUCUCGUGAAAUUCCAGUGGAAACCUCUUCUUAGCGGAAUCUAUCUUUUGCCCCAUAUAUCUGUUGAUUUCAUCUCCACUUACUUUCAUUUUAUUUGAUUUCUCCGUCUCCAUCCAUUUCUCCUUUUUCUUUAACUAUCACUGAACUCUUAGUUCUUCUGUAUCAUUUUCUGGGAUGUCAUGUUUUCUUUUUGUUGGCACCUGAAUUUCAGGUUCAAGUUCCCUUUUUUUUUUUUUUUUUUUUUUUGGAGGUGGGUUGAUUGUGGGUAUGCCAUACGUGUAAGGUUGAGCUAGUAUCAUCUUGGUUCUUCAGUUUUAGGAAAAGGGUUUGAUUUUGUGAGUUAUUGUGAAUUGAGGAAAGAAAGUUUUUGUGAGUGGAAUUUGUGGUGAACAAAAAGAAAAAGACGAUGAGAGGGCUAAAAGAUGAGGAAAAAGUGAUGAGUCCUAUGUUUCCAAGGCUUCAUGUGAACGAUACAGAGAAAGGAGGGCCAAGGGCACCUCCAAGAAACAAGAUGGCUCUAUAUGAACAGCUCAGUAUUCCUUCUCAAAGGUUUAGCUCUGGAUCAUCACCCAUGUUGCCUCUUCCACCGAACAGCUUGGUUCCUUCAAUGUCCUCAAGCCAUUCAGGAUCAGAUUUACAUUGUAGCAGCAUUCAACAAGAUAAAGAUCAAGAAAAUCAACCUUGCUGGAACUUGAGCUUCUCAACACACUUUCAAAAUGUUUCUGAAAAGCAGAAGAAAGGAACUGGCUUGAGAAAUCUAAAGGCAAGAGAGUCUAUGUGGAACCAAAGUGAUGAGAACUCAAAAAUGUCUGAGGAUUUUCAGGAUCCUGUGGAAAGAUCUGAAUCUGUCUCAUUAGUUCAGGAUAAACCUUCAGCAGAUGUAUCUUCAAGCCCAUCAGGCGAAGUUAAGAGCAUUGAAUCAUUGGAGCGAGCACAUCCUUCAUCAAAUCAGGAACAUAGAAGCAGUUCAGUGGGUGUCUUGAAAAGCUUUCAUGGUAAAAAUGCACAUUAUCAAAAUUUUUUGGCAGUGCAAGACAAAGCAGUUUAUAAAGAUAACGUUUUGGUGGAGUUUGCUGGGGUCAUAGAUAAGGAAAAUGCAUCCAAGGUGAGAAGUGAAACUUGUUCUAGAUUAUCUCUUGGAGUUGCCAUCAGAAGUCAUAAUGGGAUUGAGAAUGGCAGCAUAAACCAUGAAGAGAAGCAACAAGCGUCUUUUGAAGUGGGAAAUGCUGAACGGCAUGAUGAUGUCUCAGAAACUUGCACGGUAGACUCUAUAUCUGCUUUGGAUAUAAAUCCUGAUGAUGUUGUAAGAGUAAUAGGUGAGAAACAAUUUUGGAAAGCAAGAAGAGCUAUUGUCAAUCAACAAAGAGUAUUCACAGUUCAAGUAUUUGAGUUACAUAGGAUCAUGAAGGUACAAAAAUUGAUUGCUGGAUCAUCUGAUGUGUUUCUUGAAGAAAACAUUUGUCUUGGAAAAGCUCCAUUGAAGUCACCUCUGGAGAAGGUUCCAUCUGAGAAUGCUAUUGAACAACCUCCAUUGAUUGUUAAACCAAAAGAUGGUUCACACAAGCAAUAUGCUAGCGCUGAAUUUGCUGAUGAGAAUGCUGUUGGGAAGCUUCCUCUUCCUUCUAUCCAUAAUGAAACUGGUAAAGGACAUCUUACCCAGCAAUCAAAUUACAAUUGUCAUUCGGAAGGCGUGCUGCCAGCUCCUCUUGCUGCCAAUACCAGACCAUCUCCAUGGUAUUUCCCAUCACAUGGAAAUCAUUGGUUAUUUCCGGUCAUGUCCCCUUCUGAGGGUCUUGUUUACAAGCCUUACACAGGGCCAAGCCCUUCAGCUGCUGGAUUUGUGGUCCCCGUUUAUGGCAACUUUGGUCCUAUGAGUUUAACAGCUGGGGGUGGAGACUUUUUGAAUGCAGCCUAUGGUGUUCCGGCUUCUCAUCAACAAGGUAUUGGAAUCCUUACCAGCACCCCUCAUCUGGGACAGACAUACUUUCCACCAUAUGGCAUGCCAGUCAUGACUCUGUCCAUUUCAGGAUCAGCAGUUGAGCGGGUGAGCCCAUUCACUGGACCACAGUCAAAGGAUAAUCAGUUAGCAGUUAAUUUCAACUUCCCCCACCAAAGCUCAUAUAAUAUGUCAAGCCAGGUGAGCCGUGUGAUCUCACGUGUUGGGAAAUUUCAAGCACCAAAGGAAAGUGAGGUACAGGGAAGUACAGCAAGUAGUCCCUCGGAGAGGCCUGAAGGAGAUGCGCUCCCUCUUUUUCCUACAGAACCAACAGCUCAGGCAUCAGAUCAAAAUGCUCAAACUAUUGAGCCACAGACAUGUGUGAUAAGGGUUGUGCCUCACAAUCGUAGGUCAGCAACUGAAUCAGCAGCCCGGAUUUUCCAGUCUAUACAAGAAGAAAGAAAACAUUAUGAUUAGUUUAUGGAAAUUGUAUACAGUGAGACAUACAGUGGGAAGUGAUACUGUUCUUAGUAGUUUUAUCAAAUAUACUUCUGUAUCUGUAGUUUUAUUAAACAUGUUAAUAGCAUGUAAUACAGUUUGUUUAAUGAGAAUAGACCAAUCUGUAUUUCAGGAA